CAGACAGAGAGAGAGAGACAGACAGACAGAGAGACAGACAGACACAGUAAAAUACAGUUAAUUAUAUAAACACUUGGAGAGAGGGAUAUAUAGCUGGAGUAUACGCAAUAUAAAGAAUACAUUAGAAAACUUAGAAUACAAUGAAUAUGACAAACUACUACAACUAAAAUAUAAACAGCUUCACAAUAAAACAUUUUUUAAAUAACUGAUGGUUUUGAUUGAUGAAUUCAGAUUGUAUGGACCCAGUUCAGAGGUGAAACACUGUAUUUGGAGCAGGUGGCUCAGAACCUUGAAGUUAAUAUUUGACUUUCAUUAGUUUAUUGAUUUCCUUGUUGUUGAUACAUAUUGUAUGUGAUGGGAGUAUGUUGUCUGUACAUUAAAAGACGACUAUGGAAAUUACUGAACUGAACUUUGGUUAAAGUAGAACUGAGGCUCCUUAAAGUUUCAACACACAUAAUAAAUAAGCGUUUAAAUCAGAAGGAGGAAACAACACCUGACAAACAGAGCUGCAGGAGGAGGAGCAACACAGGAGGAAGGAGAGCUUCACUCACACUGCAGAAGUGAAAGUAAAGUUUGUCAGAGUGGAGCAAACUGAAGGCUCUGAAGUCCUGUCUGGUGUGUCUGACCUCCUACUGUGAGACUCACCUGGAGCCUCAUCUCACAAUGUCAAGCCUGAAAAGACAUCAGCUGAUCGACCCUGUGGAGAAUCUGGAAGACAGGAUGUGUACGAAGCACGAUAAACCUCUGGAGCUGUUCUGUAAGACCGACCAGACAUGUGUCUGCAUGCUCUGCUCUGCUUUAGACCACAAGAUGCAUGAUGUUGUUCCUCUGAAAGAAGAAUAUGAAGGAAAGAAGGCCGAGCUGGGGAAGACAGAGGUUAAAGUUCAGCAGAUGAUCCAGAAGAGACGACUGAAGAUUCAGGAGAUCAAACAGUCAGUCGACCUCAGUAACAAAGAUGCAGACAGAAAGGUGGCAGAAGGUGUUCAGGUCUUCACUUCUCUUAUGGAGUCUGUUGAGAGAGGACUGGCCGAGCUCAACACGAUCAAGGAGAAGCAGAAAACAACAGAAAAACAGGCCGAAGCUUUCAUCAAAGAGCUGGAACAGGACAUCUAUGGGCUGAUGAAGAGAAGGACUGAGGUGGAACACCUCUCCCGACAUCUUCUCCAGAGUUUCCAGUCCCUAAACAUCCAUCACCAACCACCCACCAAGAACUGGACAAAGGUCAGAGUCCCCCCACCAUCAUAUGAGGGGACUGUGGCGAGAGCUGUGGCUCAGCUGGGGGAGACACUCAGUCAAGAGAUGAAGAAGCUGCUUGGUGAAGCUGAGCUGAAGAGGGUCCAGAAGUAUGCAGUGGAUGUGACUCUUGAUGCUGAUACAGCAAAUCCUUAUUUCAUUCUGUCUGAUGAUGAGAAACAAGUGAGGUAUGGUAAUGUGAAGAAGAAUCUCCCCAACUACCCAAAGAGGUUUUCUAAAUCUACUAGUGUUUUAGGAAAGCAGAGUUUCUCUUCUGGUAGAUUUUACUUUGAGGUUCAAGUUAAAGGGAAGACUGACUGGGAUUUAGGAGUGACCAGAGAGUCGAUCAACAGGAAGGGACGUGUCCCACUGAGCCCUCAGUUUGGUAACUGGACUAUAUGGUUGAGAGAUAGAAAUGAGUACAAAGCUCUUGAUGACCCUUCAGUCCGUCUCUCUCUGAAGUCUCAGCCUCAGAAGGUGGGGGUGUUUGUAGAUUAUCAGGAGGGUCUGGUCUCUUUUUAUGACGUAGAUGCUGCAGCUCUCAUCUACUCCUUUACUGGCUGCUCCUUCACUGAGAAACUCUUCCCGUACUUCAGUCCUGGUCUGAAUUAUGGUGGUACAAACUCUGCCCCUUUAAUCAUCUCUUCUGUCAGAGUCGACUAAUCACUUACGUUAUUUCAUGUAUUGAUUUAAUUCUAUUCAAGGGAAUAAACGUAGAUAUUUAGAGGUAACACUGUAGUUUACAUCUUAUGUUCUACAGAAUCUGUUUACUGUGUUGAUUAAGUUACAUUUCAUUGUUAAGAUUUAUUUUAUUAUGUGCAUACUUUACAUUGUCGACACUAUAAAUUGAUGCAUUGAUCUUUUCAACCCUGCAUCAUGACACACGUUACGUGCAGAAUAUCAAUGUAAACCUCUGAUAAAGAUUAUUUUCACUUCCAUAAGGAAUCACUGUUUAUAAUAACCACAAAUAUGUCAAGUUGCAGUUUGCAGCAUUUUAGCAAAAUUACUCAAAAUCAAAGUUUAUCGUUUAAUUCUUCUUUUUGAUGUGCAUCCACAGAAACAUAUUGCUGAAUAUUUCAAUGUCAUAAGGCUUCUAUUAAGAGUAAGGCAUAAAACAUGCCUUUAGUAUGUUCAGAAUACAGUAUUUGUUGUUGUUAUACCGACAUAAAAAGUUAACUGACAAAGUAAAUUAAUAGAAUAGAUGCCGACG